GACCAGCAUGGAGCUCCCCAAGCGGCAGGGCCUAUGGGCCUCAGAAGCAGCCGCGCGGGUGAGCCUCUCUUUCUGCCCUCCUGCGGCUCGAGUUGCGAAAUUCUCAACAUGUAACACUGGGGAUUCAAGCUUCGGCCCCGCGGCGGCUGGUGGCUGGGGGGUGCCGGGUGGGGGCCCCGGCGCCCAGCGGUCUCACGCCCUGCCUGUCCCCACAGUGUGCCCCAGCGCGUGCGGGAAGCGGGCGUGCACGGAGACCCACGAGUGCUGCCACCCCGAGUGCCUGGGCAGCUGCAGCGCGCCCGACAACGCCACGGCCUGCGUGGCCUGCCGCCACUACUACUACGCCGGCAUCUGCGUGCCCAGCUGCCCGCCCAACACCUACCGCUUCGAGGGCUGGCGCUGCGUGGACCGCGACUUCUGCGCCAACAUCCCCAACGCCGAGAGCAGCGACUCCGAGGGCUUCGUCAUCCACGACGGCGAGUGCAUGCAGGAGUGCCCGUCGGGCUUCAUCCGCAACGGGAGCCAGAGCAUGUACUGCAUCCCUUGCGAAGGCCCUUGUCCCAAAGUGUGUGAGGAAGAAAAGAAGACGAAGACCAUUGAUUCUGUCACUUCUGCUCAGAUGCUCCAAGGAUGCACCAUCUUCAAAGGCAAUCUGCUCAUCAACAUCCGACGCGGCAACAACAUCGCUUCGGAACUGGAGAACUUCAUGGGGCUCAUCGAGGUGGUGACGGGCUACGUGAAGAUCCGCCACUCCCAUGCCUUGGUCUCCUUAUCCUUCCUGAAGAACCUGCGCCAGAUCCUGGGGGAGGAGCAGCUGGAGGGGAACUACUCCUUCUACGUCCUUGACAACCAGAACUUGCAGCAGCUGUGGGACUGGGACCACCGCAACCUGACCAUCAAAGCUGGGAAAAUGUACUUUGCGUUCAAUCCCAAAUUGUGUGUCUCGGAGAUUUACCGCAUGGAGGAAGUGACGGGGACGAAAGGGCGCCAGAGCAAAGGGGACAUAAACACCAGGAACAAUGGGGAGCGAGCCUCCUGUGAAAGUGACGUCCUGCACUUCACCUCCACCACCACGUGGAAGAACCGGAUCAUCAUCACCUGGCACCGGUACCGGCCCCCCGACUACCGGGACCUCAUCAGCUUCACCGUCUACUACAAGGAAGCCCCCUUUAAAAACGUCACGGAGUAUGAUGGGCAGGACGCCUGCGGCUCCAACAGCUGGAACAUGGUGGACGUGGACCUGCCGCCCAACAAGGACGUGGAGCCCGGCAUCUUGCUGCACGGGCUGAAGCCCUGGACACAGUACGCCGUUUACGUCAAGGCCGUGACCCUCACCAUGGUGGAGAAUGACCACAUCCGUGGGGCCAAGAGCGAGAUCUUGUACAUUCGCACCAACGCCUCAGUUCCUUCCAUCCCCCUGGAUGUCCUCUCGGCCUCAAACUCCUCUUCUCAGCUGAUCGUGAAGUGGAACCCGCCCUCCCUGCCCAACGGCAACCUGAGCUACUACAUCGUGCGCUGGCAGCGCCAGCCCCAGGACAGCUACCUGUACCGGCAUAACUACUGCUCCAAAGACAAAAUCCCCAUCAGGAAGUAUGCCGAUGGCACCAUCGAUGUCGAGGAGGUGACGGAGAACCCCAAGACCGAGGUGUGCGGCGGGGAGAAAGGGCCGUGCUGUGCUUGCCCCAAAACUGAAGCCGAGAAGCAGGCGGAGAAGGAGGAGGCCGAAUACCGCAAGGUCUUCGAGAACUUCCUGCACAACGCCAUCUUCGUGCCCAGACCCGAACGGAAGCGGAGGGAGGUCAUGCAGAUCGCCAACACCACUGUGUCCAGCCGGAGCAGGAACACCACAGUGCUGGACACCUACAACAUUACAGACCCGGAAGAGCUCGAGACCGAGUACCCUUUCUUUGAGAGCAGAGUGGACAACAAGGAGAGAACUGUCAUCUCCAACCUCCGGCCUUUUACUCUGUACCGAAUCGACAUCCACAGCUGUAACCACGAGGCUGAGAAGCUUGGCUGCAGCGCCUCCAACUUUGUCUUUGCGAGAACGAUGCCUGCAGAAGGGGCAGAUGACAUUCCUGGGCCAGUGACCUGGGAGCCAAGGCCUGAGAACUCCAUCUUUUUAAAAUGGCCAGAACCUGAGAAUCCCAAUGGAUUGAUCCUCAUGUAUGAAAUAAAAUACGGAUCCCAAGUCGAGGAUCAGCGGGAAUGUGUGUCCAGACAGGAGUACAGGAAGUAUGGCGGGGCCAAGCUCAACCGGCUCAACCCGGGGAACUACACAGCCCGCAUCCAGGCCACCUCUCUCUCUGGGAACGGGUCGUGGACGGAUCCCGUGUUCUUCUACGUUCAGGCCAAGACAACGUAUGAGAACUUCAUCCACCUGAUCAUCGCUCUGCCCAUUGCGGUUCUGUUGAUAGUGGGAGGGUUGCUUAUGAUGCUGUACGUCUUCCAUAGAAAAAGAAAUAACAGCAGGCUGGGAAAUGGAGUGCUGUAUGCCUCUGUGAACCCGGAAUAUUUCAGCGCAGCUGAUGUGUACGUGCCUGACGAGUGGGAGGUGGCCCGGGAGAAGAUCACCAUGAGCCGGGAGCUGGGCCAGGGCUCCUUCGGGAUGGUCUACGAAGGCGUGGCCAAGGGCGUGGUCAAGGACGAGCCCGAGACCAGGGUGGCCAUUAAGACGGUGAACGAGGCCGCCAGCAUGCGCGAGCGGAUCGAGUUUCUCAACGAGGCCUCGGUGAUGAAGGAGUUCAACUGUCACCAUGUGGUGCGCUUGCUGGGCGUGGUGUCCCAGGGCCAGCCGACGCUGGUCAUCAUGGAACUGAUGACCCGGGGGGACCUCAAAAGUUAUCUCCGGUCUCUGAGGCCAGAAAUGGAGAAUAAUCCAGUCCUAGCACCUCCCAGCCUAAGCAAAAUGAUCCAGAUGGCUGGUGAGAUUGCAGAUGGCAUGGCAUACCUCAACGCCAAUAAGUUUGUCCACAGAGACCUCGCUGCCCGGAACUGCAUGGUGGCCGAAGAUUUCACAGUCAAAAUCGGAGAUUUUGGGAUGACGAGAGACAUCUAUGAGACGGACUAUUACCGGAAGGGGGGGAAGGGGCUGCUGCCCGUCCGCUGGAUGUCCCCCGAGUCCCUCAAGGACGGAGUCUUCACCACUCACUCUGACGUCUGGUCCUUUGGGGUUGUCCUCUGGGAGAUCGCCACGCUGGCCGAGCAGCCGUACCAGGGCCUGUCCAACGAGCAGGUCCUUCGCUUCGUCAUGGAGGGUGGCCUUCUGGACAAGCCGGACAACUGUCCUGACAUGCUGUUUGAGCUGAUGCGCAUGUGCUGGCAGUACAACCCCAAGAUGCGGCCUUCGUUCCUGGAGAUCAUCAGCAGCGUCAAGGACGAGAUGGAGGCGGGCUUCCGCGAGGUCUCCUUCUACUACAGCGAGGAGAACAAGCCCCCGGAGCCCGAGGAGCUGGACCUGGAGCCCGAGAACAUGGAGAGCGUGCCGCUGGACCCGUCGGCGUCCUCGGCCUCGCUGCCGCUGCCCGACAGACACUCAGGACACAAGGCCGAGAACGGCCCGGGCCCGGGCGUGCUGGUCCUGCGGGCCAGCUUCGACGAGAGGCAGCCCUACGCGCACAUGAACGGGGGCCGCAAGAACGAGCGCGCCCUGCCCCUGCCCCAGUCCUCGACCUGCUGA